AUGGGAAUCCAGGCUUUUGUAACUUGGCAAGGAAAUAACAAAGAUAACAAACAGCAAAACAGUGAAAAAGAUGAUUUAGAAAUCGAAAAAUUAAAAAGAGACUUGGGAGGUUAUCAAGGAAACUAUACUCUUUAUGAAUGGGAUGAUAAAAAAGGAUAUUUAGGAAUCAAUGGUUUUGAUGAAAUUCCAAAUACUUCACCGAACGGAAUCAGAAUAGGAGAGGGAAUUUUGCUUUUUAGCGAAGAAACCAAAAAACACUUUUCUCAGAUUGCCAACGAUAUUGACGAAUGGAUAAACAAUGAGGAACAUAAACUUUCGCCUUUACAAGGGUUAAGCGAAACACCUGGUACGGGAAAAACUGAAUUUGUGCGGGAAUUAAAUCAUUUAUUAAUUAAACGUUAUGGUGAAGAACCGCAAAUUUAUCGACCAAAUGAUCCGAACGAUCCAAACAGCGGCAUGACCGAAGACCCAGAAGAGAAAGCGAGGGCAUUAAGAGGGAUUAAAAAACCUCGUAUUCCGGUUUUUGAAAUCAAAGGAGCUGAUAUUAUGAGUACUGGUAAGAACGAGCCUAAAACCUAUGAAAAACUGGUUACUAAAGAAGGAGACCAAGCCAAAAACCCUUUAACUUAUAGUUCGCAAGCGAAAAAUAAUUUAGAAGAAUUAAAAAAUUUCUUUUCAACCGGAGCAGAAAGUAGAGGUUUAGCAGUUAAAUCACAAGAUCGCAACAGCGUCUUCAUUGUCGCAACUAAUAAUUAUGAAACAGUUGAUCCCGCCAUGAAAAGAUGA